AUGACCACCAUGGAAGCGAACGACCGCUUCUUGACACAAGAAGCUGCAGAGUCACUGCAUGAUUCGGGCAUGAAAUUUGUCAACAUGCAUUGUGCACUAUCUGUGGCGCACAUUAGGCUGCAAAAAAGCAUUUGGCUGAUGAAGCCGAAACUACAUGUGCUUAUUCAUAUUUGCAAAGAUGUUCGGCGCUACAGAGCCAAUCCAAGAAUGUGGCACACAUUUAUCGAUGAAGAUGCGAUGCGCUGGGUGAAAGGAAUUUGUGCAAGGGCGCAUCCACGAACCCGGCACCAUUGGCUUCUCAAAUGUGCCAAGUUGAGGUUAUAUUCUAUGAAGCACUGUCUAUCCCGGAAAAAGAAUCUUGGCCUUCAAGUUGGGGACCACAGGAAUAAAAUCAAACCUUUUGGGAUUUUUGGGUGGCAACAAACCAUAAUAAACCAGUUUCAGUUGAAUCCUGGUCAGGACACGAGAUCGGAGGAGAAGAUGAACCCUUGGGAUCCUUUUGGCAUGGUGCUGUGA